UAGACACACGUCAGUCAUCAUACAUGUCCAUGUACAUUUACCCUUAAAACCUAGAAAUAGGUAUGUAUAGUACCUCAAUCAAUCACAUAUCGACAUAAUAAAUAAGUUCGAGUGUCUUAGGAAGACAGUAAUACAUCUUUGAAUUAUUGUGAUUGUAACAAGAUUUUGAAUUUUAUCAUUACUACGUUUUCACGGAAGCCUUCAAUUAUUUUAUCAAUCACGUACAUCGGUGACUUAUCUCUAAGUGAGUAUAUAUAUAUAUACAUAUAUAUAUUCAGUAUAAAAAGUCGAUUCGAAAAGAUUUUGAGUUUAGUUCAGACCAGGGACUAGAAAAGAAUCAUGAAGCUUUUUAUACUUAUAUUUACCGCACUGACACCUACCAUCUAUUGCCUCUCUGAUCAGGAAGAAUGGCAACAAUUCAAAACGCAACAUGGUAAAACCUACAGAAGUCUCCUUGAGGAAAAGAGACGUUUCGAUAUCUUCAAGUCCAACCUCCGAAUGAUAGAUGAACACAACCAGAGGUUCAACAAUGGCGAGGAAACCUUCAAGAUGAGAAUUAACCAAUUUGGUGACUUUAGUGAGGAAGAAUUUCGUCAAAUGCUGGGCUUGCAGAUAGACCAAAUUCCGAAUGGCGGCGAUAACUUAGCAUUACUGGAUGACAGUGAAGAUAUACCGAAAGAAGUAGAUUGGAGAGCAAAGGGCGCUGUCACCCCAGUGGAGGAUCAAUGGGAUUGCGGAGCUUGUUGGGCCUUUAGUGCGGUAGGAGCUAUCGAAGGUCAAGUCUUCCUGAAGAAUGGCACACUAGAACCUUUGAGUGUUCAAAAUCUCUUAGACUGUGCUAGAGGUGAGUACAUGAACAAGGGAUGUUACGAAGGGUUGAUGGUCAACGCUUUCAACUACACAAGAGAUCAUGGAGUGCUAACAGAUAAAGAGUACCCGUUCAUAUCCUUUCAUCGCGAAGAGCAUGAAUGCAAGAAGCAAGGGGGAGUCAAGAUCAGCGGUUACAAGGAGAUCCUAGCAGGGGAUGAACAGGCUCUAGCAAAGGCUGUUGCGUUAAUAGGACCAGUCUCUGUGGGAAUGGACUCCAGUAAACUGAAAUUCUACGAUAUCGGAGUAAUAACCAAGGAAUCCGGUUGCAAAAACGAACGUCGCUAUUUGAACCAUGCUGUUGUUGUGGUUGGAUAUACUGAAGAUUACUGGGUCCUAAAGAACAGCUGGGGAAAGUAUUGGGGAGAAAAUGGAUACUUAAGGAUAAAGAGAAAUGACGGAAACACUUGUGGUGUUGCCACGGCAGCUACCUAUCCCACUUUGGAUUAGGAUUCUUUUUAUUAUUUUAAGUAAUCUUGAAAUAAACGUCAUUACUAGUA